AGAUACAAAUUCCGCGAAAGGUGGAUUGUGAUACUUUCUGGGUGAAUAUUCGUGUUGGAAAUCAUGAGUUCACGUAAUUCUGCGCUGGCCUCGCUAACGGCCACCUACACAGAUUCGGAGAACGAAGAAGACCGGCGAACGGAUGAUGAGUCCGAGCAAUCCGAAGGCGGGAGCAGCAGCGUGUCCCAGAUCCGUUCACGACAGCCAACACCACUGCGGGAAGCAUCGGAAAACUCCGGAACACCUGGUGCACAAGCCAACCAGACCAACAACAACAGUAGCAACAGUAACAGUGGUAAACCAGGAGAACCCAGUGCUUCAAGCGAAACGGCCACUGUCGCUGCCGCAGCAACGAAACCAAAGCGAAAGAAAGCGCUGCGUUUGGUAAGCUACAUCGAUGAUACGAUCGUUUCGGACGAAGAAAACAAUUCCCCCGAACGGGACGACGACGACGAUGAAGAGGAGGAUGAAACGAUGGAAGAACCAGCGGAAGAGCAGCCGCCGGAAGAGACACCAGUACCACAGAAACCGGAUCGAUCGAAACAGUACGGAUUCAGUUUACCACCGGAACCGAAGGGCAAAUGUUCCCAGGAACUCCAGGACAAGAUUGCGGCACUGUACGAGCGCAUGAAGAACUCCAACAUGGACACGAAUCGCAUCAUUCAGGAGCGUAAGGAGUUCCGCAAUCCCAGCAUCUACGAAAAGCUGAUCCACUUCUGCGACAUCAACGAACUCGGUACCAACUAUCCGCCCGAGUUCUUCGAUCCCUUCCAGUGGGGCAAAGAGUCGUACUACGAAGAGCUGGCCAAAGCGCAGAAGAUCGAGAUGGAGAAAGUCGAGAAGGCCCGCAAGGAGGCAACCAAAACAGAAAUCCAAACGGGUGUCAAGCGCAUGGAUCCGGAGGAAUCGAAAAAGCGCAAAUCGAAAUGGGAUCAACCGGGAGUGCUAGGUGCGGCCCCCGGUAUGCUAGGAGCGGCUGCACCAGUUACGGUAGUGAAUGUACUCAAACCAGGCGGCAUCAUACAGCAACCACUCACGACGACGGCUACCGGCACGAAAGGAACGGUUAUAUCGGCCUUCGGAUCGUUACCCAAGAAGCCCAAGGUUUAAUAUGGAUUAGGAGGUGCGUGAUGGACCAUUUUUAAGUUAAAACAUGAAUAAAGCUGAUACUACAUUA